AGGGGCUGCCAGCCUCAGCCACUGUGAGAAAGAGCUCACAUCAAAGAAAAGAGAUGAGUUUGAAGAUAUCUUGGAGGAAAGACGGUUGUCCAGUGACUUGAGAUACGCAAUGAAAUGUUAUACUCCUGUGAUCUACAAGGGACUUUCACCUUGCAAGCCAAAUGCUAUUAAAAGUGCUGUUCUCCAGUCAGAGCAGGUUCAAUAUGUUAUCAAGCAGUUAGCCAAAGAGAUGGGAGAAUCACCUGAUAUUAUUCAAGAAGAAGCCACGGAAAUCCUGGAUGAGAUGGGCCACCGGAUGCAGUUAGGAGCUGUCAGAUUUUUUGCCUUUACUCUGAGCAAAAUAUUUAAACAGCUUUUCCAGAGAGUUUGUGUGAAUGAAGAAGGAAUGCAGAGAUUGCAACACGCCAUUCAGGAGCAUUCAGUUGUACUGCUGCCCAGUCACCGAAGCUAUGUAGACUUUUUGAUGCUGUCUUAUUUGCUAUAUACGUAUGACUUGGCUUUGCCUGUCAUUGCUGCAGGAAUAGAUUUCCUAGGAAUGAAAAUAGUUGGUGAGCUGCUACGAAGGGCAGGUGCCUUUUUUAUGCGCCGUUCCUUUGGUGGGAACAGACUGUACUGGGCAGUGUUUGCUGAAUAUGUAAAAACAAUGUUGCGGAGUGGCUAUGCCCCAAUUGAAUUUUUUCUUGAAGGGACUAGAAGCCGCACUGCCAAGACUCUGACUCCAAAAUUUGGUCUUCUCAGCAUUGUGAUGGAACCCUUUUUUAAACGUGAAGUCUUCGACACAUACCUUGUUCCCAUCAGCAUCAGUUAUGAGAGGAUAUUAGAAGAAUCUCUCUAUGCAUAUGAACUCCUAGGAGUCCCAAAGCCCAAAGAAUCUACAUCUGGGUUGUUAAAAGCCAGAAGAAUCCUCAGUGACAAUUUUGGUACCAUACAUAUCUACGUUGGCCAGCCGGUGUCCCUUAGAACCUUGGCAUCUGGGAGAAUCAAUCGGUGCCCAUACAAUUUGGUUCCCAGGCAUCUUCCCCAAAAGCCAUCGGAGGAUAUCCAGGAAUUUGUCAGUGAUGUAGCUUAUAAAAUGGAGCUCCUGCAAAUAGAAAACAUGGUUUUGAGCCCAUGGGUGCUAGUUGCUGCUCUCCUGCUCCAAAAUUUGCCAGCCAUGGAAUUUGAACUUCUAUUAGAAAAGACCCUGUGGCUUAAAGGCUUAACACGGACUUUUGGAGGAUUCAUUGAAUGGCCUGAUAACCUGUGUGCCAAAAAAGCAGUCCUAUCUGGCCUCACCCUGCAUUCCAACGUUGCUCAACUUGUCGAUGGCCACGUGGUCCUGAAUGACAAAGGAGUGGAGGAUGGAGCUAUAGGGGAGAUUGUCUUCAAGCGUGCCCUGGCCAUCCUCAUGUGUGCCACAUACAGAAACCAGCUGCUGAACGUGUUUGUGCGUCCAUCUCUGGUGGCACUUGCCUUGCAGAUGACACCCAGCUUUAGAAAAGAGGAAGUCUAUAGCUGCUUCAGCUUCUUGAGAGAUGUUUUUUCUGAUGAGUUUAUCUUCUUUCCUGGCAUUUCAUUGAAGGAUUUUGAGGAAGGAUGUUUUCUGCUCACAAAAUGUGAUGCCAUUCAAACGAGUCAACAGGAGAUCUACCCUACUGACAAAGGAAGUGUAACAGUGUCUUUCUUGUCAGCUAUGUUCAGACCUUUUGUGGAAGGUUACCAGUUAAUUUUCAGAUACCUCUCAAAGGAAAUGAAAGAAGCAUUUACUGAGAAGCAGUUUAUACCUGGCGUCCGCAACUUUGUUUUUCAACUUCUUGAGAAGGGGGUUACGCAGUGUUAUGAAGCCCUGUCUUCUGACAUGCAGAAAAAUGCCUUAGCAGCUCUUGUGCAACUAGGUGCUGUGAAGAAAAAGAAAAUGUCGAAUGGAUUCACUUACAAUGUAAAUCAAGAGGCUGUUAGUAAAAUCCUGGACAUGUUUGAUGCUCGGAUACCUGUACAGAAACCUGUGGCUGCACGACUCUAAGUGGUUCCUGAUACUGUGAGUGGAUGUAAGUGCCUGCUGAGAACACGGACCACUGCCCCACUGGAGCAGGGAUGGGAGCGGGCAAGGUUCCCCUCUUGCCCAGCGAGCCUGCAAGCUGAGAGGCAGAGAGGUGUUUUACAGCUGGGCAGCUCUCCAUGACCGCUUAGGAGUUGCUGCUGUGAGGGUUAGAGUUGUAUUUGUAUCCUCACUAUCUUUUGGUUUUUAAAACAAAUUAAACAUUGUCUUUUUUUUAAUGAUAAAUAUUUAAAGAGACGUGAACAGUAAUCGCUACCUAAAUACAUUUUUCUAAACUUAUAACAAGGAAUGUGAUUGGUUUCAAGUAUUUCAUGGAUAUGAAAAUGUAAUGGAGUUGACAGACUUGCUAUUAAUAUUUAGAAAAAAAACCAUUGCGGGCUGGCUAAAUGCAAGGCAAGGCAUUCAUAAGGACUGAAGAGCACAAAUCAAACCUUGGGCAAUAACCAGGACUGCUAAUUGUUUUGCGUUUUGUGUUUUGGUAUUUUUUUGUUUGGGUUGGGUGUGGGUUUGUUUUUUUUUGAGGCAACUUGGCAUUAUUUUAAUUACUUCAUGAAUGUUAUAUUUAAACACUGAAUUAAAGCAGCGCCGUUAAUGUG